AUGUUUGAAAGAGGUUUCAACACCUCGUUCUCUGUUAACAUUUCUAACGAUAGAUUGCCUAUGAAUAUGACAGUUUGUGAAGUGAAAACAAUCAGCCAUUGUGAUUUUACGUUCCUUACUCGCAAAAUAAGUCAGUCACAGUCACUCAGUCUUACACAGUCGACGAGUGAAAACGGACAUCAAUGCGUCAGCGGCUCGAGCAGUGUCGUCUGA